AUGAAUAGAAAAAGGAUCUAUUCAAUUCUACUCAAAAUAAAAAUUAAUUUGAAUAAACCCAAAAAUGCAACUAAUCCUGAAGAAUGUUAUAAAAUCAUUACUUUUUUUGGUAAAGAAGCAUUCACUAAAGAAAUGAAAUUUAGAUUAUCUAAAGAAGUAUAACAUUCAGCAGUAUCCAUUAAUACAAUUCUUAGUUAUUGUGCAGCCUUGACUUAAACAUUUGCUUUAAAUACUAAUGGACUACAAAAUGCUUUUUCGAAAUUUCAAGAAAUAAUUAAAUUUAAAUAAUAUCCUCAACAAGGAAGAUUGAAUAGUCAAUAUGGGAUGGUAAAUAUUAUUUUGAAUAAAAGAAAUAUUCAUCUGCCAUUAAAAUCUAUGAAAUAGCUUUGGAUUGAUACCUUCUUCAUCUAAAGAAAUUAAAUUCAAAAUCCAAAACAUA